UUGUCGGGUUCUGUCUUGUCUUGUGGCGUGAUGCUGCAGACAGCAAAGGCCACUUGUCGGAGGGUGUGGGACGCCAUGAAAAGGUCACAUAGGGUGGACAGUGACGCUAUGCAAACACCACUGAACAGGUGUCUGACGGCCUUCGACCUCACCCUACUAGGGAUAGGGAACAUGGCGGGAGCAGGCAUUUACGUGCUAACUGGUACUGUGGUCCGGGACAAGGCUGGCCCAUCAACAUUCCUGUCCUACUUGGUUGCCGGAAUAACUGCAUUUCUCAAUGCACUGUGCUAUGCUGAACUUGGAUCAAGGAUACCAAAGGCCGGCUCAGCCUAUACGUAUACCUACGUUGCCAGUGGCGAAUUUUUGGCGUUUGUGGUUGGAUGGUCUAUGAUCCUUGAAUACGUAUUGUCCGUGUCCAGUGUGGCUCGUGGUUGGAGUGGAACGCUUGAUGCAAUGACACAUCAUGCCAUCAGUAACGGGACUAUGAAUACAAUUGGAAGGUUCCCAGUGAAUGCAGAAUUCUUGGGCGAAUACCCGGAUUUCCUUGGAGCACUGCUGAUUAUUGCCCUUGGACUGAUCCUCUGUCGUGGCCCGAAGUUGUCGGCCAUGCUAAACACGGUGGUAACGCUGCUGAACCUGACCGUUAUUAUUCUGGCUACGAUAAUCAUGUUAGCCAAACCGCAGCAAGUGGGUUCUGAGUUCGCUCCGGCAAAACAGGGUGGAUUCUUUCCAUUUGGAUUCGGUGGUAUGAUCGGUGGUGCGGGAACGUGCUUCUACGCCUUCAUCGGUUUUGAUGCGAUCACAGUGAGCAGCGAAGAAGCGCUUAAUCCAAAGCGGUCGAUGCCCAUCGCCACAGCAGUCUCUGUUACCGUAGUUACUCUGCUGUUUCUCUUGGCCAGUUUAGGCCUGACGUUGUUCGUUCCCUGGUGGACAGUGGACAGACAGGCUGCGUUCACUGCUGCUUUUCACGUGCGCAAUGUGGAGUGGGCCACCUACGUGACUGGAAUAGGAUCUCUCCUUGGACUGAGCGCCAGUCUAUUCACAAGUAUGUAUGCUAUGCCGAGAAUCGGUUAUGCAAUGGCUGCCGAUGGGUUGUUGCCAAAGUGGAUCGGCUAUGUGAUGCCAUCUACGCAGGUUCCGAUUGUGGCCCUAUGGUUGUUUGGAGUGUUUGCGGCCAUUCUUACUUUCCUAUGCGAUAUACACCUCCUGGCUGAUUUUCUCAGCAUCGGCACUCUAAUUGCUUACACGAUUGUGGCUGUAAAUGUCUGCAUCCUGCGCUACACCCAGCCGAUGCUCUACUCAUCCGGAUGGAAUGAAUUGGACAAAUCAGAUGGGGCUGAUAUAAUGGAAGCUGAAAACAGUGACAUUCAUGAAACGAAUGAGGCCCAACUGAACGAGUGGCCCCAUGCUAUUGGUCGCCUGAAAUCCGCCUUUCGUCAUCUUCCCAUUUUGCGUGACUCACAACCCGGCCGGGCUCCGAUUAUUGCACUCCUUCUCUUCAUCAUCUGUGCUGCUGCUCUCGCCAGUUUAGUGCUUCCCGGAGCACGCGUUCUCGAGGAAGGUCAUUGGUGGGCGGUGCUACUACUGAUUAUUUUCAUUGUCGGUGCUCUAUUUUUCGUCGGAGUCAUGUUUUUACACGAGCAAAACAAGGCGUUCGAUAGCUUCAAGGUACCGUUCGUCCCAUUCAUUCCGUGUCUUUGCAUUUUCCUCAACUUCUGCCUCAUCGUCAAACUCUCCCCGAUGACUUGGAUACGGUUUAUCGUCUGGCUUCUGAUUGGUCUGAUGAUAUACUUCGCCUACGGAUGGAGACAUAGCAUACACGCUACGGAUUCUGGGGAAAAAGGUCGACUGAUUCCCAAUAAUGAUGACACGACCGAGCCAACAAUGGUCGAAUCAAGCGGAGUUUUGAGUAGGCCAAAGGAAACUAAUAACGUUACCUACGAGUGAGAACCGUAUACAAACUUCCAGGCAUUUUGGGCUGCAGAUCAUCAGCAUGUAAGCGCCGUCCCUCUGCUGGCACACCGCCAGGUGUGAAACAAACCAUCGUACAUCUUGGUUCAGUAACCUUGUUGUCUUGUCCGCUCUGUGUGAGAUCUGACCUCACGGUGCGUUCAUUCAACUGUGAUUACACGUCAGUAUCCUUCCAACCUCUGGCUUGCAUUUAUCUAACGAUUAUUUGUCAUCGGAUAACACUACCGGAUGUGGUGAUAUUGUUUGUCUACCGUCCUCGUUUUCGUCACUGGCUGUUUGAAUUCUGUACAAGUAUUUUUUACGUCGUAUGUGAAACGUGACAAACUGAC